AUGAAGGAAAUAAGGUGGAGCAGCUGGCUGUUCAAAGCAACAAAACUAUGUCAAUCUUUACUGAAAUCAUCAAAUAGUGCUGUUGGAAAUGCUGGAGAAGCAGUGGUAGCAGGUGAAAGCUUUGAGCUGAUGGACUUGUGGAAUUCCUAUGAGAAAUGGAGUGCCUACGGCGCUGCUGUCCCACUGGUCAUAGCAAGUGCAGAAGGAGAAACUGUAGAUCAAUACUAUUCUCCUUCACUAUCUGCCAUGCAAAUUUACACCAUUAAUCAACCCACCUUGAUUAAUAACAAUAUUUCUCCUCUAAUCAGCAGGGAUUCAGGUGUCAUGACAGACAGUAUGGAGACUGCUAACCAAGAAGUAAAUAGUUUUGGACACAAGUACUUGGAGUUCAAUGAGACAAUACCUCCACACAACAGGAUUCCUUUUUACAAAAAGAUCAAUGAAUUAGCAAUGGCCUACCCGGAACUACUAACAUUUCGGAGCACCGAUCUUUCUCCCUAUAGUUGGGUGGCUGUAGCAUGGUACCCAAUAUACCAGAUUCCUGUGCUGAAAAAGAAGGAGGAAUUGUCUGCAUCCUUCCUUACUUAUCACUCAUUGUCCACAUACAUACCAGGUUGGACAAAUAUGAUUACAGAAGAUGAGAAUGUGGAAACAAGAAAGAGUAGAAAGAGUGUUGUUCCAUUUGCAGCGACUACUUACAAGAUGAAUGGGGCAAUCUGGAUUAACCCGGAGACACCGGACUGGGAGCUCAUCAGUUGUCGUCGAUCCGCCGCGCAUUCCUGGUUAACCAUGCUCAAUUUCUCUCACCAUGACUAUAACUUCUUCACCUAUAGCUCAGCAAAUCCAUGA